GUUUGUGCACAGAGAUGUCCGACACUCAGCAGUUUUAUUCACUUAAUAUUAAUUUAUUACAAGAGCCCAUACUCCAGAAAGUCUGCGAGCUGCUAGACCAGACCAGCGACAGAGGAUGGAGAAAGCUUGCCGGGUCUAUUUCCAAAAACAGUCGCUUCAAGUUAAGUUCUACGGAGCUUCACCAAUGUUCCCUGAAAGUCAUGGAGCCCGCAGGAAGCCCUGCCCGCAGUCUGCUAAGACUAAUAGGAGACCAAGGAUGUACAACAAAGGAAUUGACAGAUCUUCUACAAAGCAUUGGCCAGUCUAAUGCCAUUCAGCUCCUGAAACCUCCAGGGAUAAAAGUGGUGGUCCAACCAGAGUCAGGGGCUGUCCAGUCUGGACAAAUGGUCAAGCUUUCCUGUGUAGCAACUGGUCACCCCCUUGUUAAUUACCAGUGGUUCAAAAUGGACAAAGAGGUACCGUACGGAAAUUCAUCGGAUCUGGCAUUUAACCCCGUGGAUGUGAAUGAUGUCGGCUUAUACAUCUGCAGAGUAAACAACAGUCACUCUUAUCAUUACAGUAACUGGGCACAGCUGGAUGUUAUUGAAAGCAAUCUGGCCUGUCACGGACUAUCUGAUGACAAACUACAAAUCUGCAACCAACCACAACCCCAAAAAAUUCUUGUGGGGAGCAGACUGGUUUUGGAGUGUGGUGCAGUGGGGAGGCCACUGCCCCGUUACCAGUGGUUCCGAAAUGGUGUCACUGUGAUAGGGGCCACCAACAGAACUUUUGUGAUUCCUAACGUUUCAGUGGAAGAUAAGGGCCUGUACUUCUGCCGCGUGUUCAAUGGCAUUGACAGUGAAGAUAGUAUGGACGUGGUGGUUGCUAUCGAUGAGUUGAGUGAUUUAAUUGAUAAUGUACGCACAGAGGAGCCCAUUUUUGCUACAGACAAGGUUGCCUUAUUAAUCGGGAACAUGUCCUACAAAAACCACUCACAACUUAAAGCUCCGAUGGUCGAUGUGUACGAACUCACAAACUUACUGCGACAACUUGACUUCAAGGUUGUAUCUCUUCUUGACCUCACUGAAGUUGAAAUGAAGAAUACAGUGGAUGAAUUUAUGCUUUUACUGGACAAAGGAGUAUAUGGAUUGUUGUACUACGCGGGCCACGGUUAUGAAAAUUUUGGAAACAGUUUCAUGGUACCCAUCGAUGCUCCAAAACCGUACAAGUCCUCCAACUGUUUGUGUGUGCAAAGCAUACUAAAGCGGAUGCAAGAAAAAGAGACCGGGCUCAAUGUAUUUCUACUCGAUAUGUGCCGGAAGAGGAACCAGUAUGACAACACCAUCCUAAUUCCUGAGAAUCUGAAGGUGACGGCAAACAUUGUCUUUGGAUAUGCCAC